UUCACGCACUUGACGAUGGCAACCAAUGCCAAUGCGACGACCUCACGAACAGAGAUGUCUGAGAAACAAGCGUGCAUCAACGCUGAUGCGAGGGCGGCCAACUCCGACGACGCGACGGAGGUCGAUGCGGAACGGGGAGCCGCGAAGGAGAGCGAGGGCGCGGUACAGAAGGGCGACGUAACUGGGGAAAGCGGGGGGUCGGAAGACCCGUAUCUUGUCCACCUCGAUGCGUCUGAAGACCCGAAGAAACGUUACAGCUCCUUCCACAAGUGGCUUGCGAUCCUCGUCAUCGGGUCCGCAUCUCUAUGCACCACUUGCGCCUCCUCCAUACACUCUUUCGCGGAGGCGGGGAUGGAGAAGCAGUUUGGCGUUUCGCAUGAGGUCGCCAUUCUGGGGAUCAGCUUGUUUGUCGAAGGACUCGGGAUGGGACCCUUGCUCGUAGGACCUCUAAGCGAGAUGUACGGUCGAAACAUCAUCUAUCAAGUGUCUUAUAUCCUCUUCUUUGCCUUCACCUUCCCCGUGGCGUUCACCGAUAGCGCAGCGGUGUUUCUGGUGUUCAGGUUCAUCACUGGUUUCUGUGGAUCAGCGUUCUUGAGCGUAGCUGGGGGGAGUGUUGCCGAUCUCUUCGAUGAUGCUCAUGUUGCGACACCUAUGGCGGUGUACACCAUGACACCAUUCAUAGGACCAGUCCUUGGGCCGUUAAUAUCGGGAUUCAUUAACCAGAAUACGACGUGGCGAUGGACAUAUCGAACAAUGCUGAUCUGGAUCUUUAUUGAAAUCCUCGGACUAUAUUUGCUUAUCCCCGAGACCUAUGUUCCGGUCCUAGAAGUCCACAAAGCGCGCAAAAUGAGGAAAACUACCGGUGAUCAACGUUACUAUUCCGCAACUGAACGAAAACGGGCAGAGGGUGCCAGCCUGUUCCACAUGAUUCUUGUCAGCUGCUACAAACCGUUCGAGCUCAUACUGUUUGAGCGGAUGGCGCUGCUGAUAGAUCUGUGGUGCGCGCUGAUUCUCGGCGUAUUGUACCUAGCGUUCCAAGCAUUCCCGAUCAUAUUCGAACAGAAUCACGGCUUUAGCCCGCAGGAAACUGGAUUGAGUUUCUUAGGCAUUGGCCUGGGGAUGUUCAUGGCCCUGGCGUCGCAACCGUACUGGAACCGAUGGGCAAAGCGGCGAGCCGUUACGAAGUACGGCGGCGCCGCACCGCCUGAGGAGCGGUUGAUUAUGGGCAUGGCUGGCGCUGUGAUAACUCCUAUAUCCUUGUUCUGGCUGGCGUUUACGACUUACAAAUCUGUGCACUGGAUUGUGCCUAUUAUAGCCAGCGUACCAUUUGGCAUCGGGAUCUACUACAUCUUCACAUGCUCCUUUACAUUUUUGGUUGCAACAUACAGACCAUACGCAGCGUCGGCGCUUGCGGGAAACUCGUUCCUGAGAUCCGCCUUCGCAGCUGUCUUCCCUUUGUUCGCAGUACAGAUGUAUGACACGCUUGGAACAGUGGGAGCGACUGCACUUCUCGCUGGUCUUACCACGCUCAUGGCGCCUCUUCCAUUUGUAUUCUAUCGGACCGGGGCCCGCAUACGACAGAAGUCCCGAUUUGUGGUCGGAGCGACAUCGUAGAGUCGAUAUACAGCAUCUUGAGGACAGGAUUCAACCAACGAUCAGUGCUUUCCCUCAUUGUAAAAUAUAUUCAGGUAGUACAUCAUUCUCAGCGUCGAUAUCCG